GUGAUGGUUUUUGAGAAAUUAUGAUAUUGUAUCAUUAAAGCAUUACGAGAAUUAUGGUGUAUAUCUUGUCAUCUUUUUCAAAAGCAAAGGAUUAUUAAUCAUUUCGACCCAAUGUUCAUGCAAGAGUGUACAUAAAUAGAGGCUUCAUCUACUUGUCCCUUUUUUUUUUCCCAUAUACACAAAAAAAGACUAUGCCUACCAUUCAACUAAAGAACUCAUCCCAGCCUGAUUUUACUUAUUUACCUGAUUUGAAAAACUACAAGGCACGUACUGCUCGUCGUUUAGCUGAGGAACAACUUGAAACGGAUCUACCUGAAGGAUUUCCAGAACAACUAGAAGGCCCUAAGCUUUGGAAAGGAUCUGACUAUGAAGGAAAAGAAUAUGAAUGGAUCUAUCAAUUAAAUGAUCAAGAACUUCAAGAAGUUGACAAAGCUGUUCAUGAUUUUGAAGCUACUGAAAAGCCCUUUAGUGAAAUUAAACAAGAGACAUUUCCUCUUCCAACCCUUGGUCCAAAGCUCAAGCAAAUCAUUCAAGAGCAUGUUCUCGACGGUAGAGGUUUCGUUGUCGUUCGUGGCUUGAAUCCUGAUAACUAUACAAGGGCUCAAAACAUUAUUGCCUAUACUGGUAUAUCUGCUUGGGUUGGUAAGCGAGGACUUCAAGGCCGUCACACAAUUGCACAUAUCACAGACCUUGUUCCCAAGCAAGGACUUGAUGAUAUAAUAGCUCCCGCAUAUACAAAUGAUCAUCAAGUGUAUCAUACUGAUGCUGGAGAUAUCAUCUCUCUUUAUGCUCUUGGUGUUGCUGAAGAGGGUGGAAAAUCACGAAUUGCUUCCAGUUGGACAGUUUACAACGAGCUUGCAAAGACACGACCUGAUUUAAUCCAUACUUUGGCGCAAGACUGGCCCUUCCAAAAUGAUUUAAACAAGGAAAAGGAACCCUAUUAUUUAAGGCCUCUUUUGUAUUAUGUUGAUAACAAACUGAUCAUCCAAUAUGCACGUCGUAAUUUUACAGGGUUCGGCAAGAACCCCAGACGUGAAGACAUUCCUCCAAUCACAGAAGCACAGGCCGAAGCAUUGGACGCACUGCACUUUACUGCUGAGAAAUACAAUCUUGGAAUUGACUUUAAGAAAGGAGAUAUUCAAUACAUUAACAAUCUGUCUAUAUUCCAUGCCCGCGAUGGUUAUACGGAUAGUCCAAAGAAUACGCGUCAUCUGCUUCGUCAUUGGCUUCAUCCUGACAACGCAUGGAAGCUUCCUCCUCAAUUGGAAUCUACUUGGGAUAAAAUCUAUCAUCAAGAAAGAGAAGAAAUUUUCCCCUUGGAGGCUACCGUCAGAAUUAUUUAAGUAUUGAAUAUUGUUCUUUAUCGAAUAAAAAAAAGCUUUUAAUGAAGAA